GCAGAGAGAGAGGGAGAGAGAGGGAGAGAAGUCCAGAACGCUGUGGAGCAUUGAAAGAAGACUUGCUGCUGCCAGAUUUCCACUCUCUAGCUACUUUUCCUUGAAUAAAAGUUAGAAAAGCGACCAUGGACGGGAUAACAUUUGGACGCACGUCGCUCUUGUGCACCUUGCUGCUCUGGGCAUUUAAAGUAUGUAGUGGGGCUGUGAGUGUGGAGGUGACUCCUAAAGUGGAGGUGUUAAAAGGAGAGACUGCCAAACUGCCCUGCAAAUACACAGUCUCACAACCAUCAAGCAACACUGUUGUUGAAUGGUUCAUUGAGGAGCAGGGAACCAGAAAGCGUGUAGCCUUCCGCUCCCAGGAUGGCAAGGGAAAAAGCGAUGACGGCACCCCUGUGAGUGAGCGGGUCACUAUUGGAGAGGACUUCGCCUUGACCAUCUCCUCGGUUCGACCCUCCGACGAGCUCGCCUUCUACUGCCAGGUUACCGCUGGCCCCGCUGGCGUUGGAGAUGCCAUCACUAUGCUCAAAGUCUUCUUUGCUCCAGAGAAGCCAGAACUCACAAGGCCUGCAAGUCAAGCCAUUUCUGCAGGACAGUCUACCAGCUCUGAGAUUGGUACCUGUGUGACGAUGAACGGACAUCCUCAGCCAAGAAUUAUCUGGUUCAAAGAUGAACAGCCCUUACCUGAGGUCAAGGACAGAAAGGAGAAGACCUACAUGAUUCCCUCGGUGGUGAAGGAGGCGUCCGGUCUCUACACUAUCAAGAGCACCCUGUAUAUGCAGCCCACAAAGGCAGACAAGGACUCUGUGUUCCACUGCACUGUGGAGUACUUUAUGCCAGGAGACCAGUUUAUAAAGAAGGACUCCGACACCAUCACCAUCAACCUCAACUAUCCAUCUGAGAAGGCAACAUUUUCCCUUCUCAACACUGAUCCAGUCAAAGAGGGCGACGAUGUUACCAUGAAGUGUGAGACUGACGGAAACCCUCAGCCUGAGUUUGACUUUUCCAAAGAUGGAAAAACUAUCAUUGGCCAGAGUGGUCUCCUGGUGCUGAAAUCUGUAAAUCGCACAGAUGGUGGUGUGUAUAAGUGCUCAGCCAUGGAUUUUGAUAACAUGGAAGCUGACCUGAGUGGAACAAUCAACCUCGCUGUCCACUACAUCGACCCAGUGAGCGUGAUCCCUGUCCAGCCUCAAGUUGUCAUGCUUGGAGACAAGGUGGAGUGGCAGUGUAAGACUAAGGGCUCUGCUACGCAUACUGUUCAGUGGAAAAAGGGCUCUGAGGUGCUCUCUCAGGACGGCACGCUGUCAAUACAAGAUGUUUCCUAUGAUAACGCUGGAGAGUAUAUGUGUGUUGGAGCCAUGCCAUCUGUGCCAGGACUGACUGCCUGGGCUAGUGUAAACCUCACUGUCAAAGGAAAGCCAAUGAUAGAAACUCCCGCAGUUGCAGCUGUGGGGAAGGAAGGAGACAUGGUGACUCUGAAGUGCUUGGCCUACGGCUCUCCUGCCCCUCAGUUCACCUGGAAGCCCUCAGGAAAAGAGUCCGUGUCAGUGGAAGGUAGCAAGGUGGUGAGCACUGUAACCCUGCAAGCCACAGCCAAGGUCAUGAAGGACGGGGUGACCUGCGAGGUUUCCAACGAGCAUGGAACAGAUAGCAAGACCUUCGAGAUAUCUCUCAAAAGAGCAAUUAACAACUCGGCCGACAGAGCUGACAAGCAGCAGGGAGGCUCCAGCGGGGUGGUGAUAGCUGUGGUGGUGUGUGUUCUGCUGCUCCUGCUACUGGUGGCCCUCUUCUACUUCCUGAGCAAAAAGAGCAAGCUGCCCUGCAGCAAGAAGGACAAAAAGGAAGUGGCCAGUGGAGAGGUAAACAACGACAUUGUGGUGGAGAUGAAGACAGACAAGGCCAACGAAGAAGCAGGUCUCCUCAACAAGAGACCGACCACAGACCAGUGAUGAAACAAGACAAUAAAAGUAACCGACAGAGGCGUGAAGGGAUGGAGGAGAACAGUUGUGAAAAUAACAGGGCUCAUUUUCAUUCACUACACUAGACUGAGGGGAACAACAAGAGGUGGAGCGUGGAAAUUGGUUUGUUUUGGAGACCUCGGGAUGGUCACCAUGUUUGGUACUGGUUAAGCUUGUUUUAUAACCUGGUGUAGACCUUUUGGAUGGCGUUUCUGCCCUUAAAGAUUAAACUCCAUCCAUCUCUGCUACCACAGGUUUAAAACCACACAUGCAUGCACUGGAUGACAUUAUUAUCAUGGCUUCUUUUGAUCCUAACUCCUUAUUCACCAAUCACGUCUUUGGUUGACUCCUCUGCAGACUAGAGCGUGAGGCGUGGCUGACACAAUCUAAACACAGUGGCAGAAUCUUUCUUAUCUACCCCAAAUGAAACUAAAAAUGCCAUUAAGCUGCUGUGAGUUUUUGGAGUGUGUGUCUGCCUGCAAGUGUAACACUGAACGCUUGUUCUGCCUUGGAGUCUGCACUUAAAUUCGGUACUCUCUGCUGGGUACAUGGGGAAAAAUAAUUACAAGCAGCCAUUCUGUUUUAUUCACCUCAAUAACAAGUGAUGAUUUACGCUCACAACAUUUAAUCCCUAAGCACGGUUUGGCACACAUUGCUGUAACAUUUCCGCUCAAAGAAGCUCUGCUUAAGUGCUGUUUGUUUAAUUGCAUUUUUGCCACCUGUCAAUGUUUUUUUUCCAGUAUCCCUAAUUAGCUUUCCAUAGAAACAGCCAGCAUUUAAUAACGCCAAUCCUUUCUCUAAAAUUGCUUGCCUUUUUAAAUCCUGCUAAAAAGCCACCAAACAAGCAAGCUAUUAGGCUGUACAAAUUUGUUCUUGCCAUUUCCAGCAUACUUGUAUAUUAUAUUAGUACAUCAGUUGCUCACUUGUUUUCCUUUGCUCUCUUGUUCUCUUCUCUGUAAUUUUAUAUACUGAUUACCCUAUCUAUCAAGCAGGAGGUGUACUGUGCAUGAUGGGGAGCUCAAAGUGUCUGUGGUUACUAAGCUGCUGGCCUGGGACCGUAAUUGCUACCAUUUCUUACAGAGUCUUUCACAGCCUUUAAAUCCUCUGCUCUGAGAUGAAACCAUUCUCAUAAGCACAGCACACAGCGGUUCCGCUCAGAAAGCCCAAUUAUCAUCAGUUGUCACUGUAAAAUUAAUAUGUGAAAUGAGUAUGGUGAAAUGGUUGACAAUCUUACAACUGCGGUCUGCUGUGUUACAGUUUUCCCAUGACAACAAAAUGGGACUUUCAGGGGCCGCGCCGCAGUGGUCGCAGAUUCACCUGUUAGGAGAAAUCAACAGCACAGGUUCACUGUAGUUUGAUAAAAGCACGGAAGGGAAGGUGUGGGAGGGAUUGGGGUUAUUGCAGGAUUUAUCUUUUUAUUUUUGCCAAAUGAAAAUGUUUGUGUCACAGCAGUGUGUUUAGGUACGCAAUACUGGCAUUUCUGUUUCUCCCCUACACUGUUGGCAGGCCAGAAAAGUUUGAUAGCGGGUUGACGUGCCCUUUUACUUUGUUUUACACUGGAACCAAUGGCCUUCAUUUUUUUAAAAGGUCACCUCAAACCAAUAUCUUUGCCCACAAGGCUUAUUUUAUUUUUUUCUGUCUAUCUACUGAUCUUGCCAUUUUGACUGUUAGCAACCCUGUGAUGGCAGGUGAAGAUAGAUAAGUGAACUUUGAGCAUCAUUUGUUGAUUUUAAUGUUUUAUAUAAAAAAUAUUGUGGUAUAAAAGUUGUUUUUUAGCGAGGGGAUUUUUAAUUUUGGAACUACUGAGUUUUAAUUUUCCCAUGCUUUUUCACUUGCUCUGAAAGAGAGGACUUUUGUUUUUAAAUUUCAGAUUCUUUUUUAUAAGAUAUUUUCAGUGCUCUCUCUCUGUACUGUAUACUGUAUAUUUUGUGGUAAGCUGUUGUGACCUCUGUGGUGUGUUGAUGUAUCCUUUUAUUUUGUUCCAGCUGUGUAGAAUUUAUUAUGAAAAAAACUCAAGAAAAACCAAUCACAACCCUA